AAUAAAUUUUCGUUCAUGAUGUCGCACUAUUUAUUUCAUAAAUUUAUUUACUUUAUUAUUUGUGAGUGAGAAUCCAAUAAAUCUAAGUUAAAUAAUCGCCUAAAUUAUAUAAGGGUGUUUGGGCCUCCAAUGAUUUAAAUAAUGGCACAUAGUCCUUAGAUCUGUAUGUUAGGAUUGUGUUGUUGACAAGAGCCAGUCAAAUGAUGGCGAUAAUAGUUACAUACAAUAUGUUUAAGAAAAACUAAUACUAAAAUGACUGAAAACGGUAAUCGAUCUCCACCUUCGUGGGACAUGCCCGGUCCCUCAUCACUGGCAGCUAUUCUAGACACCGUUUUUACGUCUUCCUCCGACAACCAGCCAAGAAAUGAGGAAAUGGAUUGUGAGCCGCUGUUCGCAGAAAGCGACGAUGAUGUAGAAGUGCUUCCUUCUGUACCAAAUCAGUUUUCAUUGCCCAGAAAUGAGUCGUCGUCUAAAAACGCAGUUUCAUCUGACUUUGUUAAUUCAACUUCGCCAGCCCAGUCAUAUGUUGUAAAUAUACCACUGUCACAUCUUGGAUCAUCUCACACACCUGUACCAGAAGAAUACCAGCCUCUGCCUGAUAGCUCAAGUUCAUUAGAUUAUGUUCUGAGAAAUAACAAUGCGGAUAGCACUAAUGCCAAUGGGCAAAGAUUUGCUGAUGUAAACAUCCGCUACCAACCAAAACAAUUUACUCCAGUUCAAGAUUUUCAUUAUCCUCACUAUAGACAGUAUGGUCAAAAUUCAGAACAAAGGGAGUCUAGAGAUUAUAUGCCAAAUUCAUUUGCCAGUAAUAGAUUGCCCCAAAAUGAGGCUAGUGGCUAUUCAAACCAGCCAAUAAACUACACAGUGCACUCAACUCCUCCACAAUUGCGGGAAAAUAUAAACAGAGGCUUUGAUGAUAUGCCACCAAACAAUGUUUACAAUCAUAUUUCUUUACCAGAUAACAACUAUGGGGACAGCAAUCUCCUAAGUAACUUGGAAAGACCGAGUCGUAAAUUAAACAUCUCUCCUCGGAGAAGACUGUCUAAAGAGAAUGAAGUGAAUUCAAACUUAAUAGAAGUUAGUUCAGAAGAGGAAGACAAUGUAGCAGGACCUAGGAAGAGGCAGUGUGAUAAUGGUGCAGGUCGGUCAGACUCCAAUGUACGGAUGGAUGUGUCCACAAAUACAAAUGAAAUAAAUGCCAAUAUAAUAUCUAGAGUGGAAAUCAAAAGGGAGCCAAUGGAACGUACCCAAGCUCCUACGCAGGCACGAGGAGAUGCUCAGGCAGUACGGAGGCCAAAUGAAAUUACCAUUGGGACCAGAAAUAAUGUUAAUACUAUUCAUAUAAGAGCAACAUUUAAACGCAAUGAUAAUUACAGACCGAAUGCACCUAGAGUUACUGCCGCGGUGGUAUCACCGGUCAUCCGCCACCCUGGUAAUCAGACUUGCAGGGAAAGAAAUUGUGGGAAUGACUGUACAUGGAAUAAUCAAAACAACGCAAAUCCAAAUAGAUCUCAUCACCAUUAUUAUCAUCACCACCAUCAUCAUCAUCAUCACAGGGUAUUAAAAUGCACAUGUAACUUGCCAAUUUCGAGGAACUCAAAUCCCGCAAAUGUCAAAGAAGAACCUGGUCAAUCUAAUCAGGCUUCAGUGGUAAAACCAGAACCUGGUGCAUCUCAAGCAACACGUCAUGAUGAAAACCAACCAUUGCCUGCAGUUAAUAUCAAAUUGGAGACAACAAACCAACAGGUCAUUAAAAUAGAGCCAGGCUGCUCUAAUCAAUUGAGAAAUAUGGACGAGAACAGGAAUGUGAUUGUAAAAAUUGAAGCAAAUACAAAUGAUAACAGCACUAGGAGAUGCUGUAUUGUGGAUGCUGGUGGAGACAGGAAAGUUAAAGGGAUAUCUCCUCAACCAGGACCAAGUGUACGAAGAGGGAAUGAUAAUGAAAUUGUAAAUGCCAAUCAGAAUCAGCAACCACAACCUAUUAAUGCAGCCGCCCGAAGACCAGAUAAUCCUGGACUAUCAGCUCCAGACUUGCAACUUGAUUGGUUCACCGACAGCUCUGAUGAUGAUGUCCAGGUGUUGGGUGAAGAAAAUAAUCAACAAGAGGUGAUUGAUCUCACCAGUUCUCCGAGCGCAAGUGCUCCACCUGAGUCUCCAGUGCAUGCAUCUCCGACGUUGGAGCCUCAGCCGCCCCAAGCUGGGGCUCAAACUGAACCUCAAGCAGAACCUCAAGCGGAACCACUAGCGGAACCACAAGCACAGCCUACGGAGCAGCCUCAGCCGCAAGCAGCUCAGCCCAACUGCCGCACCGCUGGUCGCGUGCCUGCUGGCCCUCGGGUAUAUGAAGCGCCGAGAGUCGGAGAGCCGCAAAUUUACCAUCCUAAUUCACAUGUCCCGCACCAUUCAUUCGUUCGUACAAGGGUGCGCGUAGGCACGUGCAUGGUACCGUGUCCGACGUGCUGCUGCGCGCCCAACGUGCCCAGCACGCACGCCACGCCCCCGAUGGCGCAUCUUGGCGAAAGGCGUCGCAGUUCAUUGCCGAUAGCGCCGCCUUAUAUAAUGCACGAGCGUCUCUGGCACAGACAACAUCACAUGCUGGAGGUACAAAGACGGAGUAUGAUUGGUGAGCUGGCGGGCAGUCUGAAUGUGCCCCCUCCCUACCCACCUGCAUAUACGCCCACGCCGCGCUCUACUACAUAUCUCUCUGUAAGUGUUACAUACUCUGAGUUGUUAAUAAACCACUAA